UUAGGAGUCAUUAAUAUUGAAUUCCACAGCUCUGACUGCACUUGCGCGAAAUCGCGUCUCUACCUUCCCGAUAGUGGAAUUCAUGCAUAACGUACAGUACUUUCCUCUAAAUUCAAACUUUAAAAUAGUCUAAAUUGACCUGUGACCUGACGCAAAACUGCCUACCGUGCACGGUAACCGCUACUUCAAGCUUCUUUGGCCGUAAUUGAUGAAAUUACUUUUUACUGGCUUGCGUUUGAAAUAGAUACAUUUCUACUUCGCUGAGGUCACCGUUCCAAUCUCGGGUUUAGCCCGCUGCCCGCCUUGCUUGUUACCAUUUCCAAGCACUUUGAAGUGAAUGAAAGGUGGAGGCUACCUUGACGGUUGCUGUGCGGCUCGGAAAGAAGUUGUGACAGUUUGGCUUUUAACUUUCACUCCACGUCAUGGCAGGUCCGGAGCUUUACACCAAGCAUGCCCGUGUAUGGCUCCCGGAUGCCGUGGAAGUGUGGAAAUCAGCAAAGCUACUCAAAGAUUAUGCUCCUGGCAACCAGACGUUAUUUCUCCUGCUAGAUGAUGGCACUGAGGUGGAAUAUAAAAUAGACGUCCGAACAAACAACCUUCCACCACUGAGGAACCCCAACAUCCUAGUGGGGGAAAAUGACCUCACGGCUCUCAGUUACCUCAAUGAACCGGCCGUCUUACAUAAUAUCAAAGUGCGCUUCAUCGACUCCAAGUUGAUCUACACGUACUGUGGCAUUGUUCUUGUUGCCGUCAAUCCAUAUGAGAGUCUGCCCAUCUAUGAAGCUGACAUCAUCCACGCCUACCGUGGGCAAGACAUGGCCGACAUGGACCCCCAUAUAUUUGCAGUGGCCGAGGAAGCGUAUAAGCAGAUGGCCAGCGAUCAACAGAACCAGUCCAUAAUAGUGAGUGGUGAGUCAGGAGCAGGCAAAACCGUCUCUGCUAAGUAUGCCAUGCGUUACUUUGCUACGGUCAGCGGCUCCUCCGGUGAGGCGGAUAUCGAGGAGAGAGUGUUGGCCUCCAAUCCCAUCAUGGAGGCUCUUGGGAACGCCAAAACGACGAGGAAUGACAACAGUAGUCGCUUUGGGAAGUACAUCGAGAUCGGGUUUGAUAAAAAGCAACGCAUCAUUGGGGCUCACAUGAGGACGUAUUUACUGGAAAAAUCAAGAGUUGUUUUUCAGGCUUAUGGAGAAAGGAACUAUCAUAUAUUUUAUCAACUUUGUGCCUCCUCACAUUUACCAGAAUUUAAAAACUUCAAAUUAGGUGAUGCCGAUGAUUUCCACUACACUAACCAGGGUCACAAUCCAGUCAUUGAUGGAGUGGAUGAUGUCAACGAUUUGUGCGACACAAGGAGAGCUUUUUCACUAUUAGGAAUCGGUGAAAGCCAUCAGAUGGAAAUUUACCAGAUUCUGGCAGCUAUUCUUCAUCUCAGCAAUGUGGAGGUGAUCGACCAUUCAGGGGACAGAAGCAGCAUUUCGACAAACGAUUUCCACUUGCUGGUGUUCUGCGAGUUGAUGGACGUGCCCCGUGAUGAAAUGGCCAACUGGCUCUGCCACAGAAAACUCCAAACAACCACGGAAACGUACGUCAAGGGCCUCUCCAAGAGCAAUGCGGUCAACGGCCGAGACGCCCUCGCCAAGCACAUUUAUGCUCGACUCUUCAGCUGGGUUGUUGGCUGUAUCAAUAAUGUGCUCAAAUCGGCAAUUAAGCAACACUCGUUCAUUGGCGUUCUGGACAUUUAUGGGUUUGAAACAUUUGACACCAAUAGCUUUGAACAAUUUUGUAUCAACUAUGCCAAUGAGAAGCUCCAGCAGCAAUUCAACCUGCAUGUCUUCAAACUGGAGCAAGAAGAGUACAUGAAAGAAGAGAUUCCAUGGACAUUGAUUGAUUUCUAUGACAACCAGCCAUGCAUCAAUCUCAUCGAGGCAAAAUUGGGUAUCCUGGACCUUCUGGAUGAGGAGUGCAAAAUGCCGAAAGGUUCUGACGGUACCUGGUGUCAGAAAAUGUACAACAACCUGUUGAAGCAGAACGCUCACUUUGAAAAACCGAGGCUGUCAAACAGUGCCUUCAUCGUCCACCACUUUGCAGAUCAGGUGGAAUACCAGUGUGAUGGUUUCUUGGAGAAAAACAAGGACACAGUCAAUGAGGAGCAAAUAUGCGUGUUGCAAAAGAGUAAGUUUGAAUUUUUGCUGAAGCUGUUUGUGGGAAAUGACAAGGCAACGAGUUCCACCAACAGACCCGCUAGCAGCAGAACGAGAUCGGGUCAGUCGCAGAGAGGUAACAAGAAGACUGUUGGACUGCAGUUUCGACAGUCUCUCCAUUUGCUGAUGGAUACUCUUAAUGCAACGACUCCUCACUACGUACGCUGCAUUAAACCAAACGACCAAAAAGUGCCGUUCAGCUUGGACCCGUUGAGGGCAGUGCAGCAACUGCGAGCAUGCGGCAUCCUGGAAACGAUCCGAAUCUCGGCAGCUGGAUUCCCAUCCAAAUGGACCUAUCAGGAAUUCUUCUGUCGUUACCGGGUCCUUAUGAAGCAGAAGGAUGUGCUUCCUGAUGUAAAACAGAUGUGCCAAAAUCUGCUCAGAACGCUUAUCCAGGACGAGAACCUGUAUCAGUUUGGUAAAAACAAGAUCUUCUUCAGAGCCGGCCAGGUGGCCUACUUUGAAAAAUUACGUUCCGAGCGGCUCCGAAGGGCUUGCGUCAGCAUCCAGAAGACCAUCCGCUGUUGGCUGGCCCGUAAAAAAUACCUGAGGAUGAAGCAGUCUGCCGUCACCGUUCAAAGAUAUGUGCGGGGUCACCAGGCACGCCGUUAUGUUCGUUUUCUGCGGAGAACAAAAGCAGCCGUCGCCAUUCAACGUAAUGUUCGAAUGUGGGCGGCCAGAAGACGCUACCAAAAGCUCCGAUCUGCAUCUAUUGCCAUUCAAUGUUUCUUCAGGGCGUAUGCAGCCAGAAAGAUGUACUAUAAGAUCUUGUAUGAGGAAAAAGCUUUGGUCAUCCAAAAGUGGGUAAAAGGUUGGUUGGCCAGGCAACGUUAUCGACGUGCCCGGGCACACAUCAUCCUACUGCAGUGCUGCGUACGUCGUAUACUGGCCAAACGGGAAUUAAAGAAGCUGAAAGUUGAGGCGCGCUCUGUGGAGCAUCUCAAGAAUCUCAAUGUUGGCAUGGAGAAUAAAAUUAUGCAGUUGCAACACAAGCUAGACGAGCAGCACAAAGACGUCAGGGAGCUCAGCGAGAGGCUGAAUGCUGCGGCCAAGAUCCAAGAUAUGGAGAGAGAGCGACACUGCAAACAGAUAGAAAGUCUUCAGAGGUCCGAGCAGAAGGCCAAAGCCAAGACGGAAAGGCUCCCUUCACUUAUGGAGCAGCUCUCCUUUCUUCAGCGGGAGCUGGAGAACACCCGUGGUGAAAAAGAAGUCUUGGAAGAGCAGAACAACGUCUACAAGGAGCAGACACAACAGGUGGUAGAGGGGCUAAACAUGAAGAAUGGCUUGCUGAAUGAUGAAAAGGAAAAUCUUAACCAGGUCAUCCUGGAACAAAAACAACAGUUAACAGAGGUUAAAAGCCAAGUGGAAAACACUGAAAAACUACAGGAAGAGUUAGCGGAAGGGCGCGCCCGGUACCAAAGCCUACUGAGUGAACACCUGCACCUACGUGAGCUGCAUAAAGACCUGAAGGAGGAACUGCAACGUAGGCUGGAUGAGACCCCCUCCAAUGUCGACCUGCCGCUCAUUCUCAAGCUCCAGAGAAGAGUGAGAGAACUUGAGCGGGACAAACAAUCGCUACAGCGCCACUUAGAUGAGAAGGAAGCCCAAGAGGAGGAACCCAAGGAUGUGGAGGAGGAGCUCACUGUUGGUAGAGCAGAAUUGGAUUUGGAAUCGCUUAAGCGCCAAGAGCUAGAGUCUGAGAAUAAGAAGUUGAAGCAGGACUUGAGUGAACUGCGCAAGUCUUUAACCAGCGAGAACAGCGAAAUGCUACCCCCUCCUGUCGGCUCCACGACAUACAACGUGCUGCUGGAGCAACUCGACUCUUCCAACGAGGAGUUGAAAUUGCGAAAAGAGGAAGUGCUUCUUCUCCAGUCACACAUAGUCCGCCAAGAGGCUAUGAAAUACAAGGACUCUGCACUCGGAGAGGGUGUGAAUUUAAACCUUAGUGAGGUUCCUUUAUUCCAAGAUACUGACAGGCCCACUGACAUCCAUACAUUGAAUGAGGACGGAGAGCUGUGGUUGGCUUACGAGGGCUUAAAGGAGACCAACAGGGUUCUGGAGUCCCAAAUGCAGAAGCUGGAAAGGCAGCACGGUGAGAGGUAUGAGAAACUGUUGGAGGAGGUGAAGACGCUCAAGCAAGAAAAAGAGCAGCAGCAGAAGCUGUUGGCUCAAACUUUGCUGCUCCCUGAAGAUGCUCGUAUUGAAGCGGGCCUGGAGCUUGAAAUUACUCGGCUCACGCUGGAAAAUCUGGAGCUAAUGGAGCAACAGGACAAACAAGACAAGACUAUUGUCAAUCUGAAAAAAGACCUUCAGCUGUACAAGAGGAGAGUAGAAGAGUUUCAAGCUCAACAAAGGAAAGCAUCCAUUUCGACGAAUUCUCCUGCCGAAGCAGUGAGCAUACCUCGCAAGGAGAGAGAGUACCAGGGAAUGUUGGAGUACAAAGAGGGUGAAGAGGGCCGCCUCGUUAAAAGUCUGGUUUUAGACCUGAAGGUCCGUGGCGUCGCUGUCAACUUCCUUCCUGGCCUUCCUGCUUAUAUCAUCUUCAUGUGUCUGCGAUACGCUGACAGAGUUAACGAUGAUCAGCGAGUCAGCACGUUGCUCAAGUCUGUGCUCUGCAGCGUCAAAGGAGUCAUUAAGCGAAGAGGAAAAGAUUUUGACGUCUCGUCUUUCUGGUUAUCCAACAUGAGUCGACUACUUAACUGUCUGAAGCAAUAUAGUGGAGAUGAUACGUUUAAGAAGCACAACACAGCGAAACAGAACGAGCAUUGCCUGACCAACUUUGAGCUGACAGAGUAUCAGAAUGUUUUUGCCGACCUCGCCGUUCAAAUUUACCGUCGGCUUAUUGAAAGCAUGGAAGACACCCUGCAGCCCCUCAUAGUUUCUAGCAUGUUGGAGCACGAGACAAUCCAGGGGGUUCUGGGCUCCAAACCGACAGGUCUGAGGAAAAAGAGCUCAGGUUCCCCAGAGGAUGACUCGGUUACGGUGGAAGUCCUCCUGCAGCAACUUGGGCUCUGGCACACCACCAUGAUCAAGCAUGGGAUGGACUCUGGCCUCAUUAAACAAGUGGUCCGGCAGCAAUUCUACAUGAUAUGUGCCGUCACUCUGAACCACCUGCUGCUCAGGAAGGACAUGUGCUCAUGGAGCAAAGGGCUUCAGAUCAGGUACAAUGUGUGGCAGUUGGAGGAGUGGCUGGCGGAGAGGGAGCUGGCCGACUGCGGUGCCAAAGAAAUGUUGGAGCCUCUCGUACAGGCCGCACAGCUGCUGCAGGUCAACAAGAAGACUGAGGCAGACGCUCAGGCAAUCUGCAACAUGUGCACGGGCCUCACCACCGCACAGAUUGUUAAAGUGUUGACGCUCUACACGCCAGUGAUUGAGUUUGAAGAGCGCGUGACAACCACAUUCAUCGCAACCAUCAGAGACAUCUUGAAAGAUAGAGAGGAAUCGUCCACACUGAUGAUGGAUGCCAAGAAAGUCUUUUCUGUAACACUUUCCUUCUCGCCCUCCACUGUGGCGCUGGAGACCAUUCAGAUCCCUAUUAGCUUAAAACUGGACUUCAUCAACCGCAUCUAAAAACAGACACAGUAUUUGCUGUGGUUUUCAUCAUAGUUUGUAUCUAACUUUUGUAUUCACGUGACAAUAAAAUAAAUAAUAUAAACACAUAUAGAAAGACUAUAGAGUUUAAUAUAAAAACACUAUUUUUUGGAAAUGCAGGGGACUUAAAAGUAUAUGUUUAGUGGAGCAAGAGGAAUAAUAUAAUAAACUAUGGAUGUAUGAUUUUGUAAAGGAAGGAAAGUGAAAUAUAAUUGAAAUGUUGAAUAUGACAGAAUUGUUCAAUACAUUAAAAAAAAGCUAUAUUUUUAA